AUGACCUUGAACACAACAUACCAAUCAGCCGUGCCAUCACGUCCAAAGAUUCUGAUGCUGCACGGCAACGGCCAGUCCGGGCAGAUGCUACAAUGCAAGACCAAAUUUCUGAUGCCCCAAGUAAGAGAUACUGUGGCCAACGCUCUUCAGCAAGAUCCAUGUUCAGCGCCUAUUGAAAUGGUCGAGUUUCACUAUCCUUCAAGCAAGUUACCUUCAAAACCCGAUCAGAACGCGGAAGAAAGCAAUCACCUGUGGGUAUGGGCACGUGGAGAAUAUCCGGAUGACCCUGCGUGGGGCCUCGAGCAAUCCGUCAGUGAUAUAUUCCACUAUCUUGAUGAAAAUGGUCCAUUCCUUGGUAUCAUGGGAUUCUCGAUGGGUGCCGCUACGGCUGCUAUAGUUGCUUCACUUUUGGAGAAAAGACGCUCGAUCGGCAAUUUCCAAUUCAAUACAAACCAUCCCCCUCUGAAGUUCGUGGUUGCAGUUUGCGGGUUUACAUUGGGACACCCUAUUUAUGAUGAUCUAUAUAGUCCAAAGAUUGAGACACCGAUCUUCCUUGCUAUUGCUAGCAUUGAUGUAUCAGUCGCUGAGUCUGAAUCACUGAGACUUCGUGAUUCAAGCACAAAUACUGCUUUGUACUUUUUUGAAGGAACACAUCAUGUCCCACGAGAUGGGCGUUUCUUGGAAUCCCUAACCCAGUUUAUUGAAGAUGUUUUGGGUGGCAAAGGGGCCCACGAAGAGGAUUGGGAGGAUUGUGGAGAUUAUUGA